AUGGCUUCCCAAGCUGCUAUGAUCGCGGACACGAUCGUUGCUAUGAAAAGAGCAGUCAAGAGAAAAGCAUACGAUUCCGAUGCUUCAAUCGAAAGACUUACAAAUCGAGGAAACAAACUGCGAAAGAGAGCAAGAUACGUUAAGCAAGGUCAAUUGAUCCCGCCAAGUGGUCGACAUCCAUAUAGAGAGACAAUUGAUCAUGCCGGCUAUAUGAGAGAUAUUAUCAGCAGGAAACCCCCGCUUAUCGACGAAGAUGGCGAGGAGAUCGAUAGCGAUGAAGAAGACGAAGAAAAAAUCGAAACCGCAAGGGCAGCAGCGGCAGAAUUCGAUCCAUAUGCGAAUAUUAAACUGGAAGAACUCCUAGCACCUCUAACCGCUGCCUCGGACUUACCAGACCAUCCGAGCCUCUCGCAGCCCUUCACAUCGAAAGUUCUGACAGAAUUAACAAGGAAUGCCGGAGAGAUGGUUCAAAAAGAAAUGGCGUCUUUAUGGAAGAUUAAACAUCUCCUGACCCGAUUUAGCGGUCAUGAUACUUGGAUGCCGUGUGAAUCUGUCGAAACUGAAUAUGAUGCUUCAUUCUUUGAGACCGAAACAGAGCGGCACCGGGCUCAAAUAAAGAGAAUUGCAAAAGAGCAUGCGGACAUGAUGUCGAGAGCAACUCUAGCUUCUGAGACUGACGACAGCGUAGCCGUUUCUGGAUUAAUGAUUAUGGGUGUCGAAGGCGACACUGCGUCCGGGGUCGCUGCCCUUCAGGCGUUGAAAGGGAAGGGAAGGGAAUUGGACUCGGAAAAAGAUAUGACAUCUACUUCUGCAAAUGGAGACAUUGCAGAUACAUCUGCUGCAAAUGGCACGGGCAACAAUUCCGAGCUAGCACCCGAGUCAAUACCACCGCCAGAUGAUGUUGAUAUGGGUCAAGAAGACUCGCAAGUGACCGGAGAUGCAAUGGAUAUUGAGCCGAUGGCCGAAGAUACUGGGGAUAAUGCCAUUCCUCGUCGUAUGAGGACUCGUGCACAAGCACAAGCGGUGUUUGACAAUGCAACCCGUUCUAGGUCUAUAACACCUGAUUUUAACGGCGAGCCUUUCGUUCACCCUUACUUUCUCGCGCCGGCGAACUCAUUUCCGGACCGAGAUCUUUAUUUACCACAUGGUGAGGCUGAUGAACUGAGAAGGUUGUUGGUGCACUACAUUCAGAAGCAAGAAGAGAUCAUCCGAGGGGCUCAAAAAGUAUACGAUGGAUUGUUGAGAGCUGAUCGCAUGCGCCAUUUGGUAUUGAAAUGGACGAAAGCCGAAGGACAUGUUGGUGACAAUCGUGAUAUGUCAGAUGGUGAGGAUUGGUAUGACAAAGACGAAUGGGGAUUAGAUGAGGAUCUUAAGAAAGGACAAGAUGAAGAAGAGGAAGAUGCGGCGACGACAGCCAAGAAGACUAGAACGAGAAGACAGUGA